AUGGGGGCCAUCACCAUCAGCCCCGAAGACUAUUUGAUUGGAGUGCUAAAUUUUAAUUUCCAGUCAAUCAUCAUCUACGUGCCCAUGCCCAAACUGAAGGCCUUCCAGAAGAUCCAGAUCCGUCUGGUACGAGAGCUCGAAAAGAAGUUCAGCGGCAAGCACGUCGUGUUCAUUGGUGACCGCAAGAUCCUGCCCAAGCCUAGCCACAAGACGCGUGUUGCGAACAAACAGAAGAGGCCACGAUCAAGGACCCUAACGUCAGUCUACGACGCCAUCCUCGAGGACCUGGUGUUCCCCGCUGAGAUCGUCGGCAAGCGCAUCCGCAUCAAGCUGGAUGGCUCGCAGCUCAUCAAGGUCCACCUAGACAAGAACCAGCAGACUACUAUUGAACACAAGGUCGACACCUUCCAGUCUGUGUACAAGAAGCUGACGGGACGCGAAGUGACCUUCGAGUUCCCUGAACCCUACUUGUAAACUAGAUUAUGACUUUACAAUAAAACAAAAUCCAUA